AUGGGUAUGUUUCAUCCAGACCCGGAGCCAAUCCAAACCAACGUGCAACAUGGCAGGCAAUCAAAAGCGGAGCCGAGUAUCGGGCGCUAUGAAAUGGGAUGCUGCUGCUGCGAAACAAACAGCAACAGGCCGGAAACCUCUCGGAGAACCCAUGUCAGUACCACAGGUUCUUGUAAUGGUAGGACUGCACCUGUGUCGUCGUGUGGUGGUGGUUGAACCGCGUGUAAAAGUGCCCCUGUACCUCGGUGUUUUGCUGAUCGGCUCCGUGAUGUGCGACUUCUUCCCCAUUCCGCGUACUUACCUGUCGCGCAAGGACAACGUGUUUAAUAUCUAUUUCGUCAAGGUCGCCUGGGGCUGGACACUCACAACGGUUGGACUCUUUGUAGCCGUCUCGAGUUGGGUGUACUGUUGCGGUGACCGCGCGCUUGUAAAGCGCCAUUUGAGUCGCCUUGCCGUCGGCACUGCUGCAUGGUUCUUCACGACUUAUUUUUUUGUAGCUUUCGAAGCGUACACGAGUCGCUGUGUCGUUGACAAACACGGAACGCGGGAAGCGUGCUUGAGGGCUGGCCAACGUUGGUUUGGGUUUGACAUUUCUGGCCACGCGUUCCUGCUCAUUUUCUGCAAUCUAAUGAUCGCCGAAGAAGCGCGGUGUUUCUGUGGCUGGGAAAGGAUCGGAGACUUGCUUAGAAAUGAAAAGUACGAUGACGACAGCCCUCUAAAGGAGUUGAGAGCCGAACAGCUGCGCCUGCUGCACGACGCGUACCCACGGCUGACGCCGUUCGUGCGCCUGCUGUUCGUGGCUUUGACCUACCUGUCGCUUCUUUGGGAUUUAAUGCUCGUCUGUACAGUGCUGUAUUUCCACAGCAUGGCCCAGAAAAUACUCGGUGGCCUGAUCGCUAUUGUUGAGUGGUUUGUGCUGUAUCGCAUCUGGUACACAAUGACAUGGUCUCCUGGCCUUCCCGGACAAGGACUUUUCAAGUAUCGUGACGUCCAAAGGAAGAAAUCUCAGGGUUCUCGGAACUGAAGAGUUGUGUGUUCAAACGUUGGCUCAUUACAUCAGAUGUUGUGCCUUCAUCAGCAAACAUCAGUAGACUGUUGCAAGCAAGACGGUGAAGUGUGAAACACAUGAAAGCCUAAAAUGGCUGUUGGUGUUGCUGUGAUAAUUGGAAAGAUUUUGUAUCACUGUGUGAAAGUGAUUGUGCUUACAUAAAUUGCAACACUAGUAAAAAGAAAACAAAAGUUCAGUAACAUCUGGCCAACUAUCUUAGCCUUAUUUGAAAGCAUGCAGGUAAAAAUUUAAUAUGUAAACUGUCUUGUAAUGUUUCAACUUUUUUUGCAUAAAUGUGAAAAAUGUUGGUGCUUUAACAUCCCAAGUUUACAUCAAAUGUACACGUCAACUGUCUUUUCAUUCAUUGGUAGGUCCAUGGCACUUAAAUUCUUUGAUACCGGUAAACCUUAUAAUAUGGGAUGCCCAUUUAGAAUGUCGUGGGUGGUUGGGCAGCUGUUGGCAGCUGCAUAUACGCUACCCAAGCUGUUGGCAGCUGCCCAACCAUAUUGGUCAGCCGUUGGCUACUGUGAUAAAUUAUGGGCAGAAUUGUUCUGGCUGCUAUGAGAAUAGGAGGAUAAUAUAUAUUGAACAGUGUAUUUCAUGUGGAAAUGAUGGUUCUCUAAACAGAACAUAAUGCUCAAAGUGCUCUAAUGUAGACAACUACAUAGUGUUUUGGAGCAGUGUUAAUGUUACUAGAUUAUAAUCUAAUCCUGUCUUGUCAAACUAGUGCUUUGCAUACAAAAUGUGCAUAGAAUUUUUUGUGAUGUGUACCAUGCAUUAGUAAUGCAGCAUUUGUUUUUAUGUAAAUUUCAUUGCACUAAGAGACAUAAAAGUUGUACCUGUAAUUUUGGUAAGCUUUUCAAAAAAAUCCAUUAAAGAUAAAGUCUGUGGCAGCA